AUGUCCUCCAACGCUGAGCUCGCUUCGUCCUACGCGGCCCUGAUUCUCGCCGACGAGGGCGUUGACAUCACCUCCGACAAGCUGCAGGCCCUGAUCAAGGCCGCCGGCAUCCAAGAUGUCGAGCCAAUCUGGACCUCCAUCUUCGCCAAGGCUCUGGAGGGCAAGGACAUCAAGGACUUGCUUGUGAACGUCGGCUCUGGCGGCGGUGCUGCCGCCCCCGCUGCUGCUGGUGGUGCUGCCGCCGGCGGUGACGCCGCCCCCGCAGAGGAGGAGAAGGAGGAGGAGAAGGAGGAGUCCGACGAGGAUAUGGGUUUCGGUCUGUUCGACUAA